UCUGAUCUGGUCAAAUCCUCAAAGAAGACCUUUCUUCCCAAAGGCCAAUGUCAUCCAGACCGACCCGCAUCUGGUUCUCAACCACUUUGAGAUCUUGUGGUUCAAGUCUCAGGUAAUUUGGUUUCAAAGAAGACAUAUCAUUUGGUCCAAAGCCAAUAGUUACAUGUCAAGUCUUCAGACGUCACUGGGCCAGUAGAUAGAGAAGGUGCUAACAUCGGAGGUAGCUUUGUGUCUCCAGGGGCAACACAAACCCUAAAAAUGACCCCAAAGAGCAAAGCAUGACUUGGCAAAGGCAAGGACAAAGUGACAGCAGCAUGAAGAACAGUACCAUGCUAUAAAGGUUCAGCUGUGAUGAAAAACAGAAGCAGCAUGGUGAGGGCCCGCCCUGGUGGUCAUUAACAUCAGCAGAGGACAACAAUGGUGGACCAUGUGACCAGCGUGAGGAGAGAGAGAGGGCGAGACAGUGGACUGACAUGCUGAGUGACAGACGAACAUUCAGGACGUCGACCAUUGAGCCAACAUGGACGAAACAUCAGCAAACUCAUGACUUCACCUGGAGCCUCCUCAAGUGGUCGAACAGCUUCGACAUGUGACGGAGACAUCUUCUCUCCUCAGGCGAAAGGUGACUUGAAGGAGCUGCCAGUGAUCGUUCUAUCACCAUGAGGUGCUCUCUGGUUCUUCUUGUCAGCUGCCUCACCUGGACCACAGCUCUGCUCACAGCUCCCACCGAGCUGAAGUACCUCCUCGACCCGCCCGUUUACGCAGAGGUCAUCGGCCGACGGGGCGAGAACGCCACUUUGCCGUGCAUCCUAAAAACGAAGCCAGUCCAUUACAAAGUCAAAUGGACGAAGCUGGAGCCGGGGCGCAUCGGCCCAGAGAACAUCGUCAUGAUUUCCAACGCGCAAGCCUCCAAGCGACAUGGCAAGCUGGGGCCGCGAGCAUCUCUGCGAAGAGCUCACAACAUGGACGCCUCCAUGCAGCUCAGUGACCUGCAGCUGCAAGAUGGCGGCACGUACCGCUGCGAGCUUAUCAACGACAUCGAGGAUGAGAGCGUGGUCGUCACUCUGAGGAUCGAAGGUGUGGUUUUCCCGUAUCAGAGUAGAAACGGCCGCUACAAGUUGACUUUCGGCGAGGCCAAGACGGCGUGUGAGGAGCAGGAUGGAGUAUUAGCAUCAUACAACCAAUUGUACAGAGCCUGGACGGAGGGUCUGGACUGGUGUAACGCAGGCUGGUUGCAGGAUGGAUCAGUGCAGUACCCCAUCAUUACUCCUCGUCCCGCCUGUGGAGCAGAACCACAUCCUGGCAUUCGCAAUUACGGACCCAAAGACAAGAAUCGAGAUCGUUUUGAUGCUUUUUGCUUCACCUCUUUGACAACUGGUUCCGUCUUCUACAUACCGGGCUCAUUCUCCUUUGAGCAGGCCGAUCAAGCGUGUGGACGCCAAGGAGCUGAUCUGGCGUUGGUGGGCCAGCUCUACUCUGCCUGGCGCUUCCGUAACUAUGACCGAUGCGACGGCGGGUGGCUGAGAGACGGCAGUGUGCGCUUCCCAAUCGGCACCCCAAGAGUGCGCUGUGGAGGCCUUCCUGGCGCCGGAGUGCACUCAUUUGGAUUCCCCCAGAAGUCCUCGCAUCUCUAUGGAGCCUACUGCUAUAAGCAAGUCUUAAAGUCAGAAUAAUCACAUCAAACAGCUUAUCUAUCUAUCUAUCUAUCUAUCUAUCUAUCUAUCUAUCUAUCUAUCUAUCUAUCUAUCUAUCUAGCUAUCUAUCUAUCUGUCUAUCGAUCUAUCUAGCUAUAGUACAGUAUCUAUCUGAUGUGUGUGGCUGCUUUCAGGUAAAUAAACAAGAAAAUG